AUGCAGUUCUACGCCAUCGCCUCUCUCUUCCUUGCCGGCACUGCCUUCGCCGCGCCUGCUACUUCCCCCAACGGCUACGAUGCUUGCCCCGAUGGUGGUCUCAUCGGAACCCCCCAGUGCUGCAGUCUCGACCUCGCCGGUGUCCUUUCCGGCGAGUGCAGUUCUCCUACCAAGACUCCCAACAGCGCCAAGGAGUUCCAGGAGAUUUGCGCCGCCUCUGGCCAGAAGGCUCGCUGCUGUUUCCUCUCCGAGGUUUUUACGCUCGGCGCUUUUUGCCAGAAGCCUGUCGGUGUUACUGCUUAA